AUGCCCGCCAUCACAGUCAACGCUCCCCCUCCACAAGGCGACGAGACCACCCAUAUGCUCGAAGUCAUGCAGCGCGGCGAGCCCUACAUUGCGGUAGACCCCUACAUCAUGCGCCUGAGAGACGUCGCUCAAGAUAAGGUGUACGAGUUCAACUCGAUCAGAGAUACCGACAAGCGCAUGGACGUGCUGGAUGGCGUGGUGGGUAUGCCCCCAAAAGGCGAGAGGAAGGUAUAUAUCAUGACGCCGUUCAUGUUCGAGUAUGGCUUCAAUCUGUCUUUCGGGAACGAAGUCUAUAUCGGGCCAGGCUGUACCUUUAUCGACGUGACUCGAAUCUCGCUCGGCGACCGGACGAUGGUCGGCGCAAACUGUUCCUUUUACACCCCUGCCCAUCCCAUCUCGCCCGAAGCUCGGAACGGCCUGCAAGGUCCCGAGUGGGCCAAGGAGAUCAUCAUCGGCGAUGAUGUCUGGAUCGGUGGCAGCGUGGUCAUCGUCGGACCGUGCCGAAUCGGGAACGGCACAACUAUCGGGGCUGGCUCAGUGGUCACUAAGGAUAUUCCAGAUCGGGUUGUGGCAGUCGGGAAUCCUGCACGAGUCGUGAAGAAGAUUAAUGCCGAUGGGACCGCGGAGCGGGUAGCUAGGGCUUGA